AUGACCUCGUCAAUCGCUUUGUGUGUGAUUUCCGCGUUAUUCUUUGUUGGCUCCACGUACAGAACAACGCAAUUCUACAAGCUAAACGGUAAAACGUACACGGAAAUUCUCGAACAGCCGUGGUUUCGAGUAGCCCAUGAGCCGCACUAUCCGAUACCUCUCGCCUUCGUCAAUGAGUCAAAUUUUGGCAAACAUUUCCUACCGGAAGACGAUGUUUACGCACCGCAUGAGUGGACAGACGAGGAGAAGAAGUACUUGCCGUGCUUGAAUCUGACAUGUGUAUGCCCCUACUAUGGAGGUAAAGUUUCUGGCUCGAAGUGUGUGCUACCGAAUGGCAGUCUGCUACGGAAGGCUGUGCGAAAGGAGGCCCGCAUGCUCACUGACGGAGAACGGUUGCAGAUCGCGAUCGCUUUCAACGAAAUGAAGACAUCGGGAAUGUACGACCGCUAUGGUUUCGUGCACAAAUAUAGCGGAUUGCAUGAGGGACCAGGAUUUUUCACAUGGCAUCGGGAGUAUUUAAAACGAUUCGAAAUAGCGUUUAGACGAUUUUUGCCUCCGGGCAGUCGACUCGGUUUGCCUUACUGGGAUAGUUCGCUUGAGUCGGAGCUGCCUGAUCCUCGCGAAUCCAUUUUCUUUACACCUCUAUUCGUUGGUGCAGUAAACCAGACGGGCCAAAUCGUUGAUGGCCCUUAUGCCAGCUGGAAGACCAUGGAGGUACUCUAUACUCCAUACAAUGACUUGCCCCUUAAGGGAACUCGAAAAAUCCUUCGCUUUGUACCUAACAUGGAAGUUGGUGAAGUGUUGAAUAAUGCCCGAAUAGACCUUGUCCUGGAUCAGAAGAAAAUUGACAUGGUGCUAGCAGCGUCUAUGCCUUUAGAGACCUGCAAGAUCCGUGUAAUAGACGAUCGAUUGCUGGCAUAUUCCCAUGACUAUGUGCAUUACUUUAUCAACGGAGACAUGAAGGACACGUUCUCGUCAACAAGUGAUCCAAUAUUUUAUUUUCACCAUACGAUGAUUGAUCACAUCUGGGAGAUGUGGAGACAUUUACAACAAACUCGCGAGCAACGUGAGAAGGAUUAUCCUCCCCCACUUGGUGAUUGCUACCCAGAGGCACAUUUCGCCAAUGCAUCGCUUCAGGAACUGGAUCCGUAUACAAACCAGGACGUCCUAUCCAACAGCUACACUGACAAUAUGUACGAGUACGAGAAGAGGCCAAGUUGUUCGCUCAUGAAGCCGAAUUGUGGAUCGAAGUGA